AGAAACUGAAACUACAAUCGGCUCACUUGCUCUUACUCUCAGUCUAGUUAUUUAAAAUUUUAACACAUUGUAAACAAGUGUAUAGGCCUACAUUCAUUUACAAUUUAAAAUUAAUAUGUCUAAGCGUGUGGCACUGGUUACUGGUUCAAAUAAAGGUAUUGGUUUUGGUAUUGUCAGAGCAUUGUGCAAGAAUUUUGAUGGCGAUGUUUUGCUUACAGCUCGUGAUGUAGAGCGUGGUACCACGGCAGUUUCAGAUUUGGAGAAAGAAAAUCUGCAUCCUAAAUUCCACCAGCUGGACAUAGAUGACCAUAACAGUGUUGUAAGAAUUUGUGACUUUCUGAAAGAAAACUAUGGAGGUCUGGACAUUCUUGUAAACAAUGCUGGCAUUGCAUACAAGCAAGCAUCAACAGCUCCAUUUUCUGAACAAGCCGAUGUUACAACAAAGACAAACUUCUUCAACACAUUAAAUGUUUGCCAGGUUCUCUUCCCUUUGCUUCGACCACAUGCUCGGGUAGUAAAUGUGUCUAGCUUAACAUCAGUGAUGGCAUUAUCCAAGUGUUCAGAUGAGUACAAGGCAAGAUUUACUGACCCUAACAUCACUAUGGAUGAGCUGACCUCUAUCAUCAAACAAUUUGUUCAGGCGGCUCAGGACAACACACAUCUUCAGGCAGGUUUUGCUGACUCGGCUUAUGGCAUGUCAAAGGUCGGUGUCACUGUCAUGUCAAUGAUUCAACAGAGAGAACUGGACAAGAAAGGAUGUCAAGAUAUUGUUGUCAAUGCAUGCAGUCCAGGCUAUGUUGCCACUGAUAUGUCCAGCCAAAAAGGAAAUCUGACCAUUGAUGAGGGUGCUGAAACACCCGUCUACUGCGCCCUUCUGCCUCCAAACAUUGACAGCCCCAGAGGACUUUUUAUUAGAGAAAAACAAGUUUUGGAAUGGAAGGCUUAAUUCUAGCUUGAAAGACCUUCACACUAAUAUUCUGUGCAGUGCACACAAUUAUUUCAGGUUUGACAAAACUGUUUUGUGUAUACAAAUAUUGCUUUCACAUAAAAAAGAAUAAAUUUGGUGCAUUUUAACUCUAAGUCAUACUACCAUAAAUCUAAUAUGGAGUACUUCAUCUAGUUUAAUUGUGUAUUCACCAGCUGUGAUUGACUUAAAGAAGUACAUCAAUUACUUUUCUUCAGUAUUUGCUAAACAAUACCAACAAGGUAGACACUUAUCAGUAAUUUUAAUUCUGCCAUAUUGGAGACAUUGGUUCUUGUGUGUAGACAACCACGUUUUAAAAUCAUAUUCAGUAUUUAGAAAUUUAUCAAAAACUACCAAACAUGGUACGUUGAGAAAAAUUCAGCUAUUUUAGAUAUUGCUAAAUCUGAUGAAGAUCUCACAAUUCAAAAAUCCAGUUCUUAUUAAUACAGCAAUUAUUAAUAAAAAUUGGAUACAUUUAUAAAUGUGAUGUCUGCUAUUUAUUUUAUUUUCAACUAGUUCAAGAAAAAAAAAAUUCUAAAAAUGCAAGACUGACAUGUUAAAGAAAAUAAUUAAUUAAAUCUGCCCUCACCUGAAAAACCACUGACAGACUUUAUAAUUCAAAGCAAAGUUAAAAACUCUAACAUAGAUUUGUGUUUUAUCUGUAAUUUUUAUUUUCAUUCCAAUGAAAAAACAUUAAAUUCCUUUUUCAAACCUGACAGUCCAUGGCAAGUGAAGUUAAGUUCACCUGUUUCAGUGACCUUGACAUUGAGAAAUUAUAACAGGUUUACACAUUAAGUAUGAAUGAGAAUAUAUGUACACAAAUUAUGGGAUUCAAGAAAAUAAAACAUUUGAUCACAAUG